UUUGCGUCAGUAGCCUUUUUGCUUUUCUAUGAAUUGGUUUUAUUCCAAGUAAAUAAAAUAUUUCUUAUUGGUAGUCCGCCAUUAAUUGGAGAAAAAUAUAAACAAAAAGUUGUUUAAAAACAUUUGCAAUAUUUUACAAGAAUGAGUGCUGCUUUAUCAGGGGUGUGGAGAUUUUUUCAUUGGGGUCCAUUAACGGCGUUGAGCAUUAUAAAAGUUAUAACAUUAACUGCUCUCUAUAUGAACUCGAUGUGGUGGCCGCCAAAUGCAAGUUUAGGCGGUUUCAUCAACCAAGGACUCUUUCUGAUGCUAUCCUCACUAGCCACGUUUAACUACAUUAUGGCGACGUUAACCGGACCUGGUUUAUUGCCUCAGAAAUGGAAACCAAAAAAUCCGAAUGAUGUGGAACAAUUACAAUUCUGCAAGAUUUGUCAAGGCUACAAAGCGCCCCGCUCGCACCAUUGUCGCAAAUGCAAUCGUUGCGUUAAGAAAAUGGAUCAUCAUUGCCCGUGGAUAAAUCAUUGUGUGGGCUGGGCAAAUCACGCAUAUUUCACAUACUUUCUCACCUUCGCCAUUUUGGGCAGUUUUCAAGCGUCCAUAAUACUGGGUUUCUCCUUCUAUCGCGGUGUGCAUCGCUAUUGGUAUCUGACGCACGGUUAUGCGCACUUGGCCACCGUGCAGUUUACAAUGGCCAGCAUUAUAAUGACUAUUAUAGCCACCGGGCUGGCGAUUGGUGUUGUUAUUGCCUUGGGUAUGUUACUCUACAUACAGCUGAAAUCGAUACUAAAAAAUCAGACGAGCAUCGAGAUGUGGAUUGUGGAGAAGGCGGUUUAUAGGCAUUACUGCAAUCCAGACGAAGAUGAUUUUGUGUAUCCUUACGAUUUGGGCUGGCAAGCGAAUUUACGGCAGGUGUUCAGCAAGCGACUUGUAGCAGAGGGCGAGGGCAUAGUGUGGCCUGUGGUGGAUGGUUGUGACCAAUACACCUUAACGCGCGAGCAAAUCGCACAAAAAGCAGAGAAGCGCGCACGCACCAAAACCUUUCGGUGUAUACGUCCAGCAACAGGUCGUUUCCUGCCACUCUUCUCACAAGGUUUGCGUGUCUGCCUGUCACCGCCGUGCACUGAUGAGGCGCGUAUUCGACUCGAGCCUGGUGACGUGAUUAAAGUAACACGCUUCCGGCAGCAUUGGCUGUUCGGCGAACGUGUGGUGUCCGAUACAGAGUUGAGCAUGGCAGAAUUAAAGCGCAAGGGCCCAAUACGUGGUUGGUUCCCGCGUCGUUGUGCUAUCGAAUUAAUACAACCUGAGGACUACUUUGAUCAAUCGGACGAUGAAGCGGAUAGUGGGGGUUUUCCCCAACCGGAGUUGGCGACUAAAAGCACUGCAGAACUGAAUAAUAUUCCAAAUGGCGUGCCAAAUAUGUGUAAACAAACGCUUGUCAAUGGCGGAAGCAAGUCACCAACACAACAGAAUGGUCAGCGAAAGAAAAACAAAUGAUGGCGUAAUAUGAAUGGCUAGAGAAUGGGCGUAGAGCAUGGGAACGUACACAAGUGCAAUUUUCAGUCGUUAUGUGGGCCGUAUUUUUACAUCGUCAGGGGUUUGUUUUUCUUUUUUUUUAAACAGGACACGGGAGCUUAGCGUGUGUAUCAGUCAACUACUUCCAAGACUUCUUAGUGCUUAAAUAUAAUUUAUCUGCAUAAGCCAUAUACUUACAUACAUAUUUAUAGUAUAUAGACACGAUGAACAGAUGAACUAAUGCGUAGUAUACUGCAUAACUGAAACUAUUUAUAACUAUUUUUAAUGCUGUUUACAUAUACACAUAUAUACAAAAACAAAAACACAUUUAUGACAUAUAUAUGUACAUAUAUGGUCUCAUCUUGUAGUGUAAUAAAAGCAGUUUGCUGAAAAUAAUAUUUGAAGUUUAUUUAUUUACAUAUAUUUUGGAGUUGGAUUAUUUUUGUACUGGGCAACGUGGUAAACUGCUUUCUAUUUAAUGGUCGAAUGAUACUAAAGUGUAAUCCAUUUCGAGUCCCAACUUUUUUAAAGAAAAAACAUAAAAAAUUCAAAUAUAAUGGGGAAUGUUUAUUAACAUUCGAAUGAAGAUUCUUUGGCAUUUAUUUUUUAUAGGAUAUCUCUUUCAAAUGUUGGCCGCUGCUACGUCUCAGAUGUCCAUCAUUUGAGUCCAGCUUUUGAAUUCGACUGGUAACUGGAGAAUGGCAUUCGUGAUAUUUUGAGAUAGUAAAAGACUUCGAUAAUCUAGGCUCCAACAUAAACACCAACAACGACGUUCUCGAAUCUCCGUUCCCACGACAGUCGGUUCUACGUAACCGGAACGGACCCGGAUUUUUAUCCGGCCAAGGACUGUCAAAUCGGCAGCAUUCCUCAAAAUUAUUUGGGGAAUAUUUUAUGCCGCUACAACAACAACAACAACGUUCUCGAAUCGGAACACUUUUCCAAAUUGUUUGCAUUGAUUAAAUAAAAACCACCGUAUAUCAUUUAAACGAAUUUCCACUUUAUUAAAAUUAAUUCAUCAAUAAUCUUUAGUUUAAUAAAAUAAAUGUAGGUAAAUAUUUUUUAGUUUCACAAUUUCAUCUCUUUGUAAAUUCGAUAUACAUGUGUAGUACAAAUGAAUGCAUGUAUGUACGUGAUGUAUGUAUGUAUGUUGUAGCGUAUAUAAAUAAAAUAACUAUAAUAUUACAUAUUUAUAAUUAUAGUUGAUAUCAUAUAGAAUAUAUUCUAUUAACGCUGGAGAUUUGUGCUGCCUACCUUUAAUAUCGUGCGUGAGUGUAUAUGAACAUUUUUAAAACGGCAGCCACACAUACACAUACAAAUACAUACUGACACAAUAGAUAAAAAAUAUUUAAUGUAAAAAAAAUUGUUUUAACAAAAUAAUAAUAAUAUACAAUUACAUACAUACUGGUGUAUAUAAAUAAUAAUUGGUUAUUUAUUAAAAAGAAA